GCGGGCUCCGUUCUCGCUCGCUCGGUCCCGUGGUGGCGCCUGGCUUCCGGAGUCCCUCCUUGGUUCUAAUUGCAUGUGGAAGGCAGCACUUUGAGGCGCUAUGGCCACGGCUCAGCUCUCACAUACUGGACAGAAGCAUAAAACCUCCAAGGAAUCAGUGUUGUUUCCACACAAAAUUGCCAUUGACCAGGAGUCCAUGGUGCUGGUGAAAAGGCUUUUGGCCAUCUCUGUCUCCUGUAUAACGUACCUAAGAGGGCUCUUCCCAGAGAGCUCAUAUGGAACUCGCUAUUUAGAUGACCUCUGUCUAAAAAUCCUUCGGGAAGAUAAAAGCUGCCUGGGGUCACUGCAGAUAGUCAAGUGGAUUCAGGGCUGUUUUGAUGCUUUGGAAAAGAACUAUUUACAUAUGGCUGUCCUGGCAAGGGUGACUGAGCUGUAUCAGUUCAAAUUCAAGUAUACAAAGGACGGUCCCCAGAUGGAUAUCAUCAGCACCAAAAUGAGCUUUGCAAAGGGGGUGAGCAGUGAAGAGAUUAAGAAAGGCAGCAUCCUGCUGAUUCGUAAGCUGUACCUCUUAAUGCAGAACCUCGGGCCCCUUCCCAAUGACAUUACCCUCACCAUGAAACUCUUCUACUACAAUGAUGUAACUCCUGAUGAUUACCAGCCCCCUGGCUUUAAGGAAGACAGCAGCCCAGAUAACUUGUUGUUUGAUGGAGACCCUGUCAACCUGAAAAUUGGGUCCAUAUCCACUGGGUUUCAUAUCCUGAAAGUAAGAUUGACAACUGAGAGCAAGAGGAUGAGGACUUUGGGAAGCAGCCUGAUCCAGGAGAAUGGCCCUACUGAGAUCUCUCAUCAAGGGUUAGAUUGUGACGAAGAAGAGAGUAGUACCAAGAACAACCCUCUGCCCAUCAUAGUAGAGUCAAGUAAAAAUAGGAAGGGCGAAACUGAUGCAGAUCCAGGCUGCAAAAAUGAAGCGUCUUUUCUUAACCCUCAAAACACAGGUAAAAAAGAACUCAUGGGAGUGAAGGGGACAGAGAGAGUACCCUGCACUAAGGCUUCUCAGCAGACAUACAGCCUGGACCUUGCAUUUAGCCAGGAAGAGAAGGGGAAGCCAAGGAAGAAGAGGAAGGUCAGUGAGCCAGUGCAGCUGCUUCCAGCACGCAGGAACUGAUAGCUGCUGUGGCAUAUAGGACAUUUUAGAAUGUGCUGAUUUGGAAUAUAACACACCUUAUGCAUUCUUUUAGAGAUGUCUAAUCUUUUCUGUUCAUAUUUAACUCUCUAGACAGUGUACAUAUUUCUGUUUUUGCAUAUGUUAUAUAUCUCUCUUUUGGUUUUAAACCUUUUAUUGAAUAGAGAUAGCAAGCAAAGUUACUCUCACAGCACUUUAGAUUAGAGAUACUUGUUGGAUGCUCUGAAGCUGAGGACCAGUGAUCUCUCCUGGGCAGCUUCUUUGGGUUUCAUUCCCACACUGACUGUGUUCCCUCUCACUCUCUAAUGUGGCCCCCAGCAUCAGUUGCAGUAUUUCAGGAUGAUCUCUCUAAGGUGCCAGUGUCUGCAAGCAGCACAAGUCAGAUGGUUCGGUGUUUGUACCUAACUGCAUCAAAUCUGCC